AUGGGGCCACGUCUGGCUCCAAAGGGUGGAGAGCCAGGGAAGGGGGCAGCGCCGAGCCCGGGAGGAGACGGCGGCGGCGGGGUGGGCGAGUCCCGGCCGCCCUGCCCUCCGUGCGCUUACCCGGCGCCGCCGGCUUCGGCGGGGACCCGGGGGUACGUGGCGGGCCCGGCGCGCGACAGCCCCUGGGGAGUUGGGAUCCGGGGAGACCCCGGCGUCGCCACCCGCCCGCCCGGGGCCGCGAGAGCCUCGGGAGGCGCCUCCGCGUGGCCGGGGAGCGUCUGGGCGCCCGCCGCUUCCCCGAGCCCGAGCGGGACGCCCGGUGCCCGAGCGGAAUCUUCCGAGAAUCCUGCUGCCGCGACUCUAACCGUGAGCGAGGAGAGCUCGAAACCAACAGCACAUCUAAAUUAAAAAAAAAAAAAAAAAAAAAAAAAAAAAAAAAAAAAAA